UUCCCCUCCCUCUCUCUUACUCUCUCUCUCUCUCUCCGUCUCCAGUAUUUGCCAUUGGUUCAGGAGGAAUUCUGGUCACUUUCUCAUCUCUGUGACUCUCAGCUGCUGAGGAUGGAUGUUCGGAUCUUCACCUGGCAUGUCCUGAUGCUCUGCUGCCUCAUCCCCGCCUCUCUGCAGGGUGUGUAUCAGCGGCGUCUCUACAAGGAGCUGAUGAGGAACUACAACCCGUUAGAGCGACCAGUCAGCAAUGACUCCCACAGCUUGACUGUCCAUUUCACCUUCAGUCUGCUGCAGAUUAUGGAUGUGGAUGAAAAGAACCAAGUACUGACCACUAACAUCUGGCUUCAACUGUACUGGACAGAUUUCUACUUGCAGUGGAACACGUCUGACUAUCCAGGUGUAGCCAACGUCAGGUUCCCUGACAACCAGAUCUGGAGGCCUGACAUCCUACUGUACAACAGUGCUGAUGAAAGGUUUGAUGCCUCAUUCCACACCAACAUCCUCGUCAACUCCACUGGCUACUGCCAGUACCUGCCACCAGGAAUAUUUAAGAGCACUUGCUACAUCGAUGUUCGUUGGUUUCCUUUCGAUGUGCAGCGCUGUGAUCUGAAAUUUGGCUCGUGGACAUAUGGUGGUUGGUCUCUGGACCUGCAGAUGAUUGAAGUGGAUGUCACUGGAUACAUUGCCAAUGGAGAGUGGGAUCUUGUUGAGGUUCCUGGACGGAGAAAUGAGCGUUUCUACGACUGCUGUAAGGAACCGUACCCUGAUGUGACCUUCACUGUGGUGAUGAGGAGGAGGACGCUCUACUACGGGCUCAACCUCCUCAUCCCAUGUGUCCUCAUCUCCACCCUCGCGCUUCUUGUCUUCCUGCUACCUGCUGACUCUGGAGAGAAGAUAUCCCUGGGUAUCACAGUGUUGCUCUCGCUGACAGUCUUCAUGCUGCUAGUAGCUGAGAUCAUGCCAGCAACAUCAGACUCUGUUCCACUCAUAGCACAGUAUUUUGCAACCACCAUGGUCAUUGUGGGUUUAUCGGUCAUCGCUACAGUUCUUGUUCUGCAGUAUCAUCACCACGACCCUAAUGGAGGGCACAUGCCACAAUGGACCCGUGUGAUUUUGUUGAACUGGUGUGCCUGGUUCUUAAGGAUGCGGCGUCCCGGUGAAGCGAAGGUCCGUCUGGCAUGUCACAGUGCUGCCAAGCAUCAGCGUGGCAGCCUGUCCAGCCUGGAGCUCAACAUCAGCCAGGGAUCACUGCGACAUCACCCACAAGUAACCAAUGGCAACCUCCUCUAUGUCGGCUUUCCAGGUGUGGAGGGGUUGCACUGUGGCUCACCUACCGAACCAGAGCUCCUCUGCUCAGGGCUAGUGAGAGGCAGUGUUGGCAGUGAAGAAGACUUGCUUAGAACGGGAGAUGGGACCGGAGCUGGGGGAAGGGGAGUGGGGGCAAUUGGUGGUUUGCCGGUGGAGGCAGAGCUGAACCAAAUUCUGGAGGAGGUGAGAUACAUCGCUGGGUGUUUCCGCAGCCAGGAUGAGGAGGAGACGGUCUGCAGUGAGUGGAAAUUUGCUGCAGCAGUUAUCGACCGGCUCUGUCUGGUGGCAUUCUCUCUCUUCACCAUCCUCUGCACCAUCGGUAUCCUCAUGUCUGCUCCCAACUUUGUGGAGGCCAUUUCCAAAGACUUCUUUAGCUGAGGAGGACUUGAACAGUUGACUCACACACCUGUCUGUAUUAUAUUAUUGGCAACAAAUCCCAUGUGCAGACCUAAUCCUAUGUGUUGGUUUGUCUCUCAGUAUUUUCUGACUUUCCUACUUUUUUGUGAUUCUUGGCUUUAAACUCAAUAGAUUUUUUUAAUUAGAGAUGUACACACGUGAUCAAAAUUGUUGGUACCCCUCGGUUAAUGAAAGAAAAACCCACAAUGGUCACAGAACUAAUUUGAAUCUG